AUGCUGUGCCACUACGUUACGCUGUUGGUUACCGCAAUUUUCCUUGCCGGUUUGAAUGCUCAAGUGGCGACUGCAGACUCCAAGAUGGGUGAUUUUGUCCUGUCAACAAAGCGUGGGCUGCGAAUCCACACGGACGCCAUGGAGGAAAGAGGGUUCAAUAUGUGGACAACAAAAGCUGUACCGGAGCUCUUGCUCGCCGACGAUCAGCUUCAGCAGUUGGCGAAGGUGUCCACAUCCUCGGACAACGUUUUUAAGCUGCUAAAGCUUGACGACGGACUGGAUGGAAUACUGAGUAACCCAAUCUGA